AUGAAGGGACUUAACGUCCUCCUGCUGAUCGCGUUGCUGCUCGUCCUGCUGGCGAUCGAGGACACCGAGAGCAAAAAGAUGACCAUCGAGGAGGCCAAGAAAACCCUGAAGAACAUGAGGAAAUCGUGCAGCAAGAAGACCGACGCUCCUAAAGAGCUUUUAGAUGGGCAGCAUAGAGGCGAAUUCCCACCUGACGAGAGGCUAAUGUGCUAUAUGAAAUGCAUCAUGAUAUCGAGUAAAGCGAUGAAGAACGACCAAAUCCAGUGGGACUUCUUCAUAAAGAACACGAAAAUCUUAUUGCUCGACGAAUAUCUGCCACGCGUUGAGCACAUAGUCGAAGUGUGCAAGAAAGAAGUGACAGCAACGGAGAGCUGCGAGGUCGCGUGGCAAUUUGGCAAAUGUAUCUAUGCAACGGACCCGGAGGUGAUUUUUAAAAACGAUUUCAUCGAAAACGACACUUUGGCUCUACGUAACCCCGUGAAGAACACGUUAAUGGCGGACUCGCGAGACCAUCGACGAAGCAGGAGGAAUAUCGAAUCGCAUGCACGUCGCCAUCUUCGUCGUCGUCGUCGUCGUCGUAGUCGUCGAAAAGCAGCCACGGCAGUGUGCAGAAAUUCACGGACCAAACCGCAGUGCAGAAGAGUGUAA